AACAAAUAAAUUCUCCCAACCAGAAAAAUUCAUUUGUGGAUCAGCAUGUCGCCCUAUCAGCGCUGCGGGGAGAUUGUCUGGCUGGGGAAGUGGCAGACGAAGGCUUUCGCCUUCCAGUGCAUCUACUGCCGGGACGAGGAGCAGACCAGGACACUCAAAGACUUCAAGUCGCAUCUGGAAUCGAAGCACGCGGAUCUGUUUGAAGAUCAGAAGGUUGCACAGACAGCCACGGACACGACGCUGCGUAGUGGUGCCAGCAAGGAGCUGGCCGUCGAGGAAGAUUUGGCCAUUGUGAAAGGGGAAUCUGUGGAAUAUGCGAGAGAACAAGAACCGCCUUUUGAUAAUGCUCUUUCACUGUCCGAUGCUGCUGCUGCUGCUGAUCCUCUUUCAGAGGCAGAUGAUGCUUCUGUAGAGUGCUUUGAGCCAGAGACAAUGUUGGACUGGCCCAGCCAGAGCGAUAGCCAGAGCACCACCUCCCAGGAGUCCUACAAUGAGUUGCAGCCAACAGGCACAGGAACAUGCACGGACACCUCGUACUUCUGGCUGCAGGAGCACCCCAUAAUGCUGGCCUUCAUCGGGCAGCUGGAGGAGCAGAGCCUGCUCUGGGACUUGGGUAUGCUGGCGUACCGCAACUACAAGCGUCGCAGCGCAGCCUGCUCGACGAUCGCCGAGCGGCUGAACUCGCAGUUUGGUCUGCAGUUGACGGGCGAGGAGGUGGCCGGCCACACCAAGAGGCUGCAGAAUGUCUACCGGCGGGAGAGGCAGCGUCUGGAACGGGCAAUCGCCCAGGGAUCGACAACGACAACGGCACCACACUGGUACUACGAGAGGUUGGGCUUCCUGGCGAAGAGUUUGCGCCGGAAGCGGCACCCCAAGAUGUCCGUAUCCGUGCCCGUGCCCCAUCUGAACCAUCAGCAGUGCCUGAAGCUCAUUGAGAUCUAUCAGCAGUGCAGCGGCACCUGGGACAUGCAGGACCUGUCCUGCCGCCUGCGUCACGUACGAGACGCGGCCAAGGAGAAGCUGCUGUCGCUGUGCCGCGCCGAGCUGCAGAUGCCCCAGCUGGAGCCCUCGCUGCUGCAGCGCUACACCCGCAAUCUGCGCAACGCCUACCAGCAGGAGAAGCUGCGACGCAUCCAGUGCGAGCGCAAGGGCAGUGGUGGUGGCGGUGGCGGUGGCGGCGUGGUUUUUACCCCCCGUUGCCGCUACUACGAGCAGCUGCGUUUCCUCGAGCCGCACGUGGCCCCCUUUCAGUGUGAUCUCUGCGAGCAGCUGCUGAACAGUGUGGACGUCUACAAGGUGCAUCGGGCCGGGCACGACGGCAGCCUGCCGUUCGUGUGCCCCACCUGCGGCAGGGGCUUCUCGCGUAGCGGCAACUGCACGAUCCAUCUGCGGCGGCAUACGCACGACUAUCAGCUGGGCUGCGAGGAGUGCGGCAAGCGGUUUGCCACCACAUCGGAUCUGCAGGUGCAUCGGCGCUCGCACACCGGCGAGCGGCCCUUCUGCUGUGACAUCUGUGGGAAGCGCUUCAGCACGCGGUCCUUCUUCGAGCGUCAUCGGCGGCGGCACGAGCAGCGGCCACGCGGCAAGUGCAGCAUCUGCGGCAAGAGCUUCUUCGAGCAGUCCGUGCUGAACGACCACAUCAAGGGGCAUCUGAAUGUGCGCGACAAGGAGUGCGACAUCUGCCACAAGACCUUCACCAGCUGCAAGUACCUGCGCCAGCACAAGGAGAUCCACAAUCCCCAGAAGCGAUACAUUUGCAAGAUCUGCGCGAAGGGCUUUGCCCAGUACGCCGGACUCAGUGGCCACAUGAAGUCACAUGGCCGUACAGUGCCGCCCGAUCCGAAAAUGAUGCUAGAAAACACAUCCAAUGGCUGCAUAGAGAGACAAUUGGAUCCCUCCCCAUUGCAGGCGAUAAAUGUGGACUGA